AUGGCGGUUAGCUCCUUUGCCCGCAUGCUCAAGGGCCAGGUCCGAUGCUACUCCGCACCGUUGGACAUGGCCAUUCCGGCCUCCAAGCAGCGCUAUAUCCCCACGUCUGGCACGUACCCGAAGGGAUUCAAGGUGUCUGGCACUCAUGUCGGUGUCAAGGCCUCCAACACCCGCUUCCCCGAUCUUGCGCUCAUCGCUUCCGACACGCCUUGCGCGGCCGCUGCCGUUUUCACGACCAACAAGUUCCAGGCUGCGCCGGUGCAGGUUAGCCGGCAAACGUUGAAGAGCCGUAAGGGCGAGGGUAUCCGGGCUGUCGUCAUCAACUCUGGAUGCGCCAAUGCCGUGACCGGCAAGGGUGGCUUGGAGGAUGCAGUCCAGAUGGGCCAGACUGUGGAUGAGUGCAGCGGCGCUGAGAAGAACAGCUCCCUGGUCAUGAGCACGGGUGUCAUUGGACAGCGCCUGCCUAUCAAGAAGAUCCUCGACCGCAUCCCUACUGCGCACGCCAAUCUCGACUCGACACACGAUGCCUGGCUGAGCACCGCUCGUGCAAUCUGCACCACCGAUACUUUCCCCAAACUGCUCUCUCGCACUUUCACCCUGCCCUCUUCUCCAGGUCGCACCUACAGCCUGGCCGGUAUGACCAAGGGUGCCGGUAUGAUUCACCCGAACAUGGCCACCUUGCUCGGCGUUCUCUGCACCGAUGCCGCCGUCGAGCCCGCUGCUCUCCAGUCCAUCCUCAAGCACUCUAUCUCCCGCUCUUUCAACUCGAUCUCCAUCGACGGUGACACCAGCACCAACGACACCAUUGCCGUCCUUGCCAACGGUGCCGCCGGCGGAGAGACCGUCCAGGCUCCCGCGGCCGGCUCCGAGGCUAGCGCCGACUACCAGGCUCUGCAGACCAUCUUCACCGACUUUGCCCAGGAGCUGUCGCAGCUUGUCGUCCGCGACGGCGAGGGUGCUACCAAGUUCGUGACUGUGCGCGUCCGCAACUCCCCCGAUUAUGAGUCUGCCCGCCUGAUUGCCUCUACCAUUGCCCGCUCUCCCCUCGUCAAGACUGCGCUGUACGGCCGUGAUGCUAACUGGGGUCGUAUUCUCUGCGCCGUUGGUUAUACUCAGGGUGUGAAGGACGGCGUUGUCGUGCCUGAGCGUACAUCUGUGAGCUUCCGCCCCGUGGACGGCAGCCCCAUCCUCAAGCUGCUUGUGAAUGGCGAGCCUGAGGCUGUCGAUGAGGAGCGUGCCAGCGUCAUUCUGCAGAAUGAGGACUUGGAGAUUGAGGUUGACCUUGGUGGUGGUGAGAAGGGUUCUUCUGGAUGCGGUGGCGAGGAUGCCGUCUAUUGGUUCUGCGAUUUCAGCCACGAGUAUGUCACUAUUAACGGUGACUACCGUACCUAA